UACCGGACAAGGCCGCCACUGAGGGCAGUGACCGUCUGCAGUCGCUCAUAUCCAAGUAUCGCAGCCACAGUGAGAAAACGGAACAGCAGCAGCAACUGCAACAGCCACGGGUAGUAAAACCACUACCCGGAUUCGUGGCGUCCAAAAUCGUCUCGAAGAACCGGUUCGGCUCCGGCGGUUCCACGACUCCGAAAGCACCAAUGAGACGCACCAGUGACCCGACCUCCCCUUCGGAGACGCCCAUAUCGCCUCUCGCCAAGCAAGACGGGGACACGCCCACUCCCAUCAUGUCCUCGCGACCGGCGAAGAAACUCCCCCCUCCCCCACCGCCUCCCAAACCCACCUCAAGUAGCCACGCCUUGAAGUCGCCUUUCAUGCAGACUCUAUCUUCCGAAAGUGCCAAAGUCACAUCUACUUCUUCAUCAACCACUCCUACAAGACAGCAACCUCAGACGCCGUUGAGAGCAAGCAGCAACACGUCUCCUCUGUCUUCCUUACGUGCCUCGUCCAUCCCAGUGCCUAGACCAGCUUCCCCAGCCAUACCCGCCUCCCCUGCCAACGGCACGCCCCCCAGUAGAAGUCUGAGCAGCUCAGGACUUGGACAUUCAGCAUCGAGCGCCGAAGCCCUCAACGACAGUUCUGAGCAGAAAGAUAUUAACGCCCUCAUACAAAAGCUCACUUUGUUUGACGAAAUGGCUGCUUUUUGAAAAUGGCUUCCAGUUGGAUAUAUGAUGGUAUUUAAAAGUUCUGGAGACAUGAAAGGAUUCUCAACACAGCUCAAGGAUGACUGACCUGCUCUCGAUCCCGCCCAGUGUCGUGUUGAAAUCACCCAUCAAGAUGUUUCUACAUGUAUCUUGAUUGGUCUUUCUCACGACCCCAUUUCUGUGAUAAUAAUUCUUCGCACGCCAAUAUUAUUAUUCUUGUCUUUACUUUUAAGUACAUCAUUUUGACGCGGAUGGCGUCAUUUUCCUGCUCUUUGAGAUUUUGCUCAGCUAAUGCGCGAAGAACAUUAAAGUCUCAGCUUAUAUCUCAUGCGUCUCUUAUGACAAGAGCUCUAGAAAACCUGGUCUUUACAUAAACCCUUCACAUAUCCCGCCCCCGCCCCUCCUCCCAUUACCGAAAGCAGUUAUGUAUAUACACCCACAUAAACACAAAAUGAAUUAGCAGUUAGAGAAUGACAAUGCGCUGUUUGGCUCAUCCUAUACUUCAUCAUGAUAUUUUUGUGUAUUUUUGUAUUAUUAAAGUAGCAGCCAAUAGUGCUU